AUGGUGGAGCUUGAGAAACACUAUGAGUUUAUGAGAUAUGCCUUGAGACUGGCAAACAAUGCACUGCACACCAACGAGGUCCCGGUGGCGUGUGUGUUUGUUUAUGAUGGUCAAAUAGUUAGUUAUGGUUCGAAUAAUACCAAUGAUUCUUUGUCUGGUAUAACCCACGCAGAAUUUAGAGGUAUCAAUAUCAUCUUGGAUAAAGUGAAAAGUUCACCUGAUUUCCAACAAGUUUACCAAAAUCCACAAGAUAUAUUUAAAGAUAUAGAUCUUUAUGUCACUGUGGAACCUUGUGUUAUGUGUGCAUCUGCUUUAAAACAGAUUGGUAUAAGAAGUGUCUUUUUCGGUUGUGGUAAUGAAAGAUUUGGUGGUAAUGGCAGUGUUUUGAGAAUUAAUAAAGAUUGUACAACUCCAGAAAACAACUAUAAUGCAUUUCCUGGGUUCUAUAGAAGGGAAGCCAUUUUGUUAUUGAGAGACUUUUAUACACAUGAAAAUACUCAUGCUCCAGUACCCAAGAGUAAAAAAAAUAGAAAUUUGAAUAAAGAAACCUAUCCAGAUUUGAUAUGGUCAAAUUACUUAAACAAGGAUGAAUUCAUAUCAAUGUUUGGUGAAGAUAAAAUCGAGAUAUUUGAAGAAAAUAGAGACUUGAUAGAGGAGGUUGAUGAAUCGGUACUGGAGCCAAAUAACAUAGAUAUUUCAGAUAUCAUCAAAUUUACAGAAACACCACUUUCUUCAUUCAAAAGAAGAAGAUUAUAA